AUGCCAAGAAGACGGGUACUUUCUUCAAGAGCUAAAGGAGGUAGAUCAACUAAUAAUUCGACUCCUGCAAUCUCAAGUAGAGCGACCUCAAGAGAAGAGUCAAGUUCACUGUCUCCAGUCAAAUCUCCCAAACCUGUUGACGAAAAUCCAGUAGUCGAUGAGGAAGAAGAAGAUGAUGACGAUGAUGCAGAAAUUGAAGAAGAAGCUGAGGAACAAGAAGAUGGUGGUGAGGUAGAGCAAGAAGAAGAAGACGAGGACGACGACGACGACGAUGACGAAGAAGAACAGGUAGCAGGUGAUGGAGAAGAGGUAGUGGAUGAGGAUGAAGAUGGAGACGAAGACGAAGAAGAUCAACAGGACGAGGAUGACGACGACGAGGAUGAAGAUGAAGACGAGGAUGAGGAGGAGGAGGAGGAUGAAGAAGAGAACGAUGAAGAAGAACAGGAUGACGAAGAGCAGGAGGAAGAAGAUGAUGAAAUAAAAGGAGUCGAAAUUGCAGACGUCAACAAUCUUGAUCAAAUUCAAGAUCAAAUUCGUGAACCUGAUUUAUCGUGUCCACCUAACUUGAAAUUCAAGUAUCCAUCAUCAGUACCAGAUUUUACCAAAUUGAGUGAUCGCGAAAAAUCAUUCAAAAUAGCUAGAUUUAUACGUUGUCAAGAACCAGAUUGUACAUGUGAAGGAUUAGAACCACCUUUAAAUCAUUCUAUCAAGAUUGUGGGGCACGAUCAGGAUCACGAAGAUGACGAAGAGGAUGAGAAUGACGACGAUGAAGAAGAUGCUGAUGGCGAUGCUGAAGCAGAUGGAGAUGGGGAUAUCAGUAUGUCGGAAGAAUUGUUAGAACGGAAGAAACUAUGGAGAAAUGGUAAUGGUUGGUGGAAAUUGUGCGGACAUUGUUCUCAUGGAUGGGAAGGAAAAGGUCAUGUAUUUCCCAAGGAAGUUGAUUCGAAAGAAAGAAAUAGAAGAGGUAAAGUGGUUGGACGAAUUGAAGAAUUACUUCAUCAGAACGGCCAUCUCCUUGACUUUCCAAUACCCCAGAAUGACGAUAUCAAAUCCCUUCUCAAACAGUUACAUCAUUUCGUGCGGCCAGCAGGUAAAAGUACAGUACCAUCAUUACCUCAACCACUUGACCUGACAUCUCCGCGAGGAUCUGGUUCCGGCAAGACACCUCGGGAAAGAGAAGGAAGUGAAAAUGAUAUUGACAUUGAUGGUGAACCUCCUCGGAAAAGACGUAGAAGUGGUUCAUUAUCUGGAUCUCGAUCGAUACAUACAGAUGAAGAUGUUGAAGUUGACAAUAUUGAUGAAUUGGCUAAACCACAUAAACACGGUAAGAAGAAACCUGGCAAAGCACCUUCAAAGGGAAGAGAACCACGCACAGUCGUCAGAGGUGCUCAUGGAAUAGUAUCAAUGGAAACUGAUGCAGAUGGGAAUCAACAUGUUGCUGGAAAACCUGAUGUCUCCAAAUCCAAUGAAGAACAAGAGAAUGAUGAAGAAGAUGAAGAGGAUGUACCACUAGCUAAAAGACCUGAAUUGGACGAAUCAGAGAGAAAAAGAAGAACGGAAAUCAAGGAAAAGGAAAAAGAAAAAGAAGAAGAAUUGAUGAGAAGAUUAACCAAAGGAGCCAAUGUCGAUGAUGAUGCUGAGCAUUUGGGAGCACGUUCGGAAGGCAUUGAUGUGGAGAUUUGGGAAGGAGUAGAACUGCCAAAAUUGCCUUUACGUCCAGCGGCUGUAGAGCAAUUUAACAAAGAGAUUAUCUUACCUGUAGUUUCAUCGAGAGAACCGACACAGGUAGCUACUAUCUUAUUGAUAGGUUUGAAAAACCUUUUCCAACGUCAAUUGCCUAAAAUGCCUAGGGAAUAUAUCACAAGAUUGGUUUUGGAUAAAAACCAUAUCAGUUUAGCUAUUGUGAAAAAAGGUUGGAAAGUUGUCGGUGGGAUAUGUUAUAGACCUUUUGAAAGCAGAGGGUUUGCGGAGAUUGUUUUUUGUGCUGUGGAUAGUUCUGAACAAAUCAAAGGAUAUGGUUCUCAUCUGAUGAACUCAUUGAAAGAUCAUGUUCGCGCGGCCCAUCCAACGAUAAAUCAUUUUUUGACUUAUGCCGAUAAUUACGCCGUUGGAUAUUUCAAGAAACAAGGAUUCAAAAAGGAGAUCUCAUAUCCCAGAGAGAGAUGGGUUGGAUAUAUCAAAGAUUAUGAAGGAGGUACAAUCAUGCAAUGUACCAUGUUACCAAAAGUCAAAUACAUGGAAGUGCAUCAAAUGUUGGCAGAUCAAAAAGCCGCAAUCUUGGCUAAGAUCAGAACUAUAUCGAAAUCACACAUUAUUCACUCAGGUUUACAGAUAUUCAAAGAUAGAAAACCUGGUCAAGAGGUAAAGUUGAGUAAAGAGCAAGUACCUGGAUUAGCUGAGAGCGGUUGGAAUCCUGACCUCGACGAAAUCAUUCGACAACCUAAACGAAAUCCGCAUCAUGUUCUGCUACAACUUGUUCUCAACGAUUUACAGAAUGAGCCUUCCGCUUGGCCAUUUACGAAACCAGUUGAUGGGAAUGUCGUUGUUGAUUAUUAUGAAGUAAUCAAAGAUCCUAUGGAUUUGUCGACAAUGGAAUAUAAAUUGGAGAACAAUCACUAUGAAUCAGUUGAAGAUUUCGUUUCGGAUGCCAGAUUGAUAUUCGAGAAUUGUAGACAAUAUAAUGGUGAAAAAUCAACAUACACAAAACAAGCUAACUUGUUAGAAAAAGCAUUAGAUAAGAUAUUGAAGAAAAGACAAUCAGUGUUGUAA